AUGCACAACACCGAGUUGUAUAAGUAUUUCAUAUCAUACGCUGACCAUUUCGACCUCACAAAAUAUAUCAAGUUUAAUCACAAAGUCCUAAACAUAGAACGAUCUCAAAGUUACGAGAAGAGUGGGCAAUGGGAUGUCACCUAUGAAGACCAGUCGGGAUCGAAAAAGUCUGAUGUGUUCGACGCGGUGCUUUUGUGCUGUGGACAUCAUGCCAUCCCACGAAUGCCAACGCCAUGGCCUGGUCAGGAGCGCUUCAAAGGACGCAUCAUCCAUUCGCAUAGUUACAGAAGUCACGUAGGAUACGAGGAUAAAGUGGUCGUCAUUGUUGGCGUUGGUAACUCUGGAGGUGAUUUGGCCGUCGAGUUGAGCAGAAUUGCGAAACAGGUGAUAAUUCGUUUUCGUUCGGCUGAGAAUGGUGGCAACGGAUACGAAGAUAAAGUGGUCGUUGUUGUUGGCGUUGGUAACUCUGGAGGUGAUUUGGCCGUCGAGUUGAGCAGAAUUGCGAAACAGGUGACAGUUCGUUUUCGUUCGGCUGAGAAUAGUGACAACUGUGUGGUCAUAUUUGCGACUGGCUUCAAAUUUCAUUUCCCCAUGGUGGAAGGUGGAAAACUGAUACCGGUCCACGAAAACGAGGUGGAUCUGUAUGAAUAUAUGUAUCCCCCGGAAACCGCAGACCAUAACACUUUGGCUGUUAUAGGACUCAUUCAGCCCCUUGGGUCGAUUAUGCCUAUAUCAGAAAUGCAAGCCAGACUCUUCUACGAGAACCUCUUUGGAUCCCACAGAAUUCCCUCGGUAGCAGAGAUGAAGAAGUCCAUCCAGAAGAAAAGAGAUGCGAUGAAGGCAUGUUUUGUACAAAGUCCAAGGCAUACCAUACAGGUUGAUUACAUGGAAUACAUGGAAGAGUUGGCUGGUUUAAUGGGAUGCAAGCCGGACGUCCCAAGGAUUUUCAUGUCGGAUCCGCUUUUUGCUCUGCAGGUUUGA